AUGCAUAGCCACGAGACACCACAGACUAACAAGCUGGCAGGUAAAGUACACAACAUCAACCUUGUCACGCCGGAACACGUCGUUCCCCAGGUCGUCCUCUCCAUCUUGCACGCACGCGAACUCGGUCUGCGCAUCCCCAUCAUCUAUAACACGUCCUCAUUCGAUUCGCUGGAAAGCAUACAGCUGCUCUCUGGGCUCGUCGAUAUAUACUUGCCAGACUUCAAGGUGUGGAACAACUCGACAAGCAAGAGGCUGCUCAAAGCGGAUAACUACGCAGCAACUGCCAUGGAGAGCAUUAAAGCCAUGUACGAGCAAGUUGGUGACCUCUGCUUCACUUUCGACGGCAUUGCCAAGAAGGGCGUCAUGGUGCGACACCUGGUGAUGCCUGGAAAGGAGGAUGAGGGUAGAGAGAUCAUGAAGUGGCUUGCGGAGAAUGUUUCCAAAGACCUGGUGGUGCACAUCAUGGACCAGUAUUUUCCACGUGCUCAUGUGGGCAAAGAACGUCGUCGAAGAAAAGCCGAAGGUGCUGUAGAGCCUGGAUGCGAUGACGACUCUUCCUCGACGAAAAAAGAGGUCAGGUAUGCUGACAUCAAUCGCCCUGUGAAAGACGAGGAGAUGUCGUCUGUAAGAAAGGCUGCUGAAGAGGCCGGGCUGUGGCGGUUUGUCGAACCGGCGCGCCAUGCCAGCACCAUGUCAGACCUCACUGCGCAAAUUCAAGGACCUGUGCAAACACUCAAGAUCGACCGCGACACGUGGAAGGCGGUCGCGCUGAAGUACAAGGCAGCCUUUGAAGCCCAGACGAGCCGCUUCAAAGAGCUCCAGGAUUUGUGCUUCGCAACCCAGGCUGAGUUACAGAACGAGCGUGUUGAGCGCCGCCAAUUGCAGGAGCUGUCAGAACAAAGAGAACUCAACCGCAUGAGCACCAUAGAUGGCGCCGACGAACCGCGUGCGUAUGGUACAGCGACUGUUUUUCGUGGCGGCCACCAACGACAAGCAUCACGUGAAUCGAGCAACCCGCUCUACAGUCGUGUCCAGCAUUGCAUCGACCAGCGCAACUACGGCAGUGCACUGGCUGAGAUUGAGCGCCUGCUUCAGGGUCCACUUAGUGCAAAGGCGCGCGCUGAGGGAUUGCUAUUGAAGAGCAACGUUCUCCGAGCGGCGGGACCGGAUGAAGUUUACGGCGCGUUGGCUGCGUGUAGCGAGGCGUUGGAGCUUUGCGACCGCAUCUCAGAUCUUGAGUCUUUCUUGCCAAGGAUUCAGCAUCAGCGAGGCGUCCUCUACUACCAACUUCGCAUGCUGCAGCAGGCUCGAGAUGCCUUCAGUGCCGUCAGCAGCGAUGAUCCACUGUUUGCAACCGCCAGAGAGUAUUGUAGCUCGUGCGAUGAGGAGAUACGGCUACAGCGUAAUGCAAACCGUCGCUCAGCCUUUGACGAGAACCGUACGUUUGACGAGGGCAUGGUUAUGCAGCUUGAUGAGAAACUGGACGUAAGCGGCAUUCACAUCACGGUGGCUUUUCACCACACUUAUCACUCAUAG